CACCAACAAACUCCCUUCCACCUUUUACCUACACCUUCAAGCGCUACAAGCUUCUGCCCUCCAUAAUAAUUAUGCAGACGUCACUUAUUCUUCUUCCUCUCCUUCUGGCUCUGUUUCUGAUCACGAAUUCAACUCCUGCACAGUCGCGGUCUAAAGGCAUCAAUCAUAACCAUCCCUACGUUAGAUCUCAAGGGAUCCCAGGAAGAGAUCAGCAGCAGCUAGAGCAGCAGUUCAUGACAUGGGUGAGAUGGAUAGGCACCCUGAAUCACUCCCUCUUUGCAACUGCUACCAACAUUGUGUCCCCUUCUUUUCUGCUCACGAUCGACAAGAAUCCGGCAGCCGGAGAUUUUACGACGAUACAAGAUGCCAUCGAUUCUUUGCCGGCCAUCAAUUCUGUUAGAGUUAUCAUCAGGGUUAAUCCAGGAACCUACGUGGAAAAGGUGAGCAUUCCGGCGACCAAAGCUUUCAUAACGCUGGAAGGGUCAGGUCCGGAUGUGACGGUUGUGCAAUGGGGAGACACAGCUCAAACGCUAGGACCAAAUGGGCGGCCCCUUGGCACCUUCAACUCUGCAACUUUUGCUGUCAACUCCCCUUACUUCUUGGCCAGAAACAUUACUUUCCAGAAUACAACGCCGGUUCCGCCACCAGGAGCAGUAGGAAUGCAGGCGGUGGCGCUUAGGGUUUCAGGGGACACAGCAGCUUUUGUUGGAUGCAGGAUACUGGGUGCACAAGACACUCUCUAUGAUCACAUGGGCAGGCAUUACUACAAGGAUUGCUUCAUUGAAGGCUCUGUCGACUUCAUUUUCGGAAAUGCUCUUUCUCUGUUUGAGGGAUGCCAACUGCAUGCAAUUGCUCAGAGCUAUGGAGCCCUAACAGCACAGAACAGGAUGAGCCUGUCCGAGGACACAGGCUUCUCUUUUGUGAAUUGCAGAGUUACCGGUUCCGGCGUCGUCUUCCUGGGGAGGGCAUGGGGCAACUUCUCCAGGGUGGUCUUUGCCUACACCUACUUGGACAACAUCAUCGUCCCACAGGGCUGGUACAACUGGGGCGAUCCAGCCAGAGAAAUGACUGUGUUCUAUGGAGAGUACAAGUGCCUAGGACCAGGAGCAAGCUAUGCGGGGAGGGUUGCGUGGUCGAAGGAACUGACGGAUGAGGAGGCAAAGCCUUUCAUCAAACUCAGCUUCGUCGAUGGGAUGGAAUGGAUCAGCGUGUAUUGAUCUCCAUUAAUCGUCAGAUCACAAUGUAAUUAUGCUUCAAAUCCACUGUUGUUCGUUCAAAUAUGACCUUAUUCUUCAUUGGCUCAAAAGAUAAUUAAAUAAAGAA